AUGCAGUGGUGUAAAUGGAUAGUGGUCAUUUGUAAUGCCACCGUUUUGAAUAUGAUACACAUAGUAAUGUUUGGAUUUUUCGAAAUGGUUUGGAAAAUUUGUCGUCUACUCUAUCAACUCAAUUAUGAACUGAACUAUAUUUUUGAAAGACUUGAUAUCCCAGGCAUAAACCCUCAAGUGUUGGCCCAUGAAAUUGAAACAAUUUCGGAAGCACAUGCGGAAUUGUGUGGCAUAUUAAAACAAUUUUUAAAUCUUUAUCAAUUUCAAUUAAUAACAAGUCGUAUUUUAACCACCACCACUAAUGUUAUUUCAGCAUAUUACGGCUACGUUUUCAUAUUCUAUUAUCGCACUGGUACUUUAUAUUUAGUUCUGGGCGGCAUUUCCUAUUUGGUCUUCGCUAUAGAUUUUUAUUUAACCGAUUUAAUAUGCGACAUGAUAAGUGAAAGUUGCAAGCAAUUAAUAAUGAUUAUACAAAUGUUUAAUGAGAAGCAGUCGCUGUAUAGAGAGUGCGAAAAAUUCUCCUAUUAUUUAUGCAGUACAAAAGAAAUUCUUUGCCAUGGAGGCAUGGAUCGAGCAGCAUGGUUUAAAAUAAUGACACAAUUGGUAUCAAGUACGAUUGUUUUAAUACAAAGUCAUUUAACUAUAUUAAAUAUAUUUAAGAAAUAUAAUUUAGAAAUAUAUUGA